UAGGCUGACAUUACACUUCACUUGGUUACAGCCUGACGGUGGAUUUUAGUCAUUUGGAACCACACGGAAAAAAAUUCACCCCAUAAUCUAUUCUUCGAUGAUAAUCACUAACUUUGGGCAUGACAGCUUCAGUGUCCACCAAUGAUGAUAGAUUCCACUACAAGCUGGAAGCAUCUCUUCUAGGAUGGUAUUUCUUUUGACUUUGAGAAGCCGACCCUCCAUCAUGUCAUUGCCAUCCUUACCUUACUGCCAUGCUGUUCUGUUCCAGGAAUUACCAAGGUCCUUUCUGAGGUGGCAUCUGUGAUUCAGCAGUUCAGAACUUAAUGAAGCUGAUGACUCUAUGACAAUGUGGAGAAAUCAUGACAGAAAAUGUGGUUUGUACUGGGGCUGUUAAUGCUGUAAAAGAAGUGUGGGAAAAACGAAUAAAGAAACACAAUGAAGAUCUGAAACGAGAGAAGGAAUUUCAACAAAAGCUAGUGCGGAUCUGGGAAGAGAGAGUAAGUUUAACUAAACUCAAAGAAAAGGUCACCAGGGAAGAUGGAAGGGUCAUUUUGAAGAUAGAAAAAGAAGAAUGGAAGAGUCUCCCUUCUUCUUUACUGAAGCUGAAUCAGCUACAGGAAUGGCAAAUUCAUAGAACUGGUUUGUUGAAAAUUCCAGAAUUCAUUGGAAGAUUCCAGAACCUUAUUGUGUUAGAUUUAUCUCGAAACAUAAUUUCAGAAAUACCUCGAGGAAUUGGACUGCUCACUAGACUUCAGGAACUGAUUCUGAGCUACAACAAAAUCAAGACUGUCCCCAAGGAAUUAAGUAAUUGUGCCAGCUUGGAGAAACUAGAACUGGCUGUUAACAGAGAUAUAUGUGAUCUUCCUCAAGAGCUCAGCAGUCUGUUAAAACUAACUCACCUUGAUUUGAGUAUGAACCAAUUUACUACAAUCCCUCCUGCUGUGUUGAACAUGCCUGCCCUUGAGUGGCUGGACAUGGGAAGCAACAGACUUGAACAACUUCCUGAUGCCAUAGAAAGAAUGAAAAGUCUGCAUACAUUUUGGCUACAACGGAAUCAAAUAACAUGCUUGCCAGAAACAAUCAGCAAUAUGAAAAACCUGGGCACCAUUGUUCUMAGCAACAAUAAACUGCAAGAUAUUCCACUAUGCAUGGGAGAAAUGGAAAAUCUGAGGUUUGUCAACUUCAGAGACAACCCACUGAAACUGGAAGUAACACUUCCUCCCAGUGAAAGCGUAGAUGAAGAGGAGGAACGGGAAUUAUUUGGCCUUCAAUUUAUGCACACAUACAUACAGGAAUCACGGAGAAAAGCAGAUGAUGAAGUCAAUUGUUUGAUUACUUCACCAACUUCUAUAAAUACUGAUGAAUAAUGUAAUUCAAAAUGCCCUGCCGAAGAGGAUUAUUUGGGGAAUUUGAUGAAUUAUUUGGACCUCUGAAGUAAAAAACAAGGUUAUUGCCAAAGUUUAAUGAGGCCACAGUAGUUUUAAAGUUCACAUUAUUUGCUAUUUAAAUUAUAUUUUUGUGAAUAUAAAAAUAUAAUUAAAWUUUUUUUUUGGUGGAAGACA